AUGAACAGCACCUUAAGGGAUGCCCAGACCCUGAGACACCGUGAGUGCUUCCUGCCUUCCAUGGCCCGGACUCCCUCUGUCACCCAGGUCACGCCAGCCAAGAAGAUAACCUUCCUCAAGCGAGGGGAUCCCCAAUUUGCUGGGGUUCGCUUGGCUGUUGACCAACGAGCUUUCAAGAGCUUUGGUGCUCUAAUGGACGAGCUUUCUCAGCGUGUGCCUCUCUCCUUUGGGGUGCGCUCUGUCACCACACCCCGUGGCCUGCAUGGCCUCAGUGCCCUGGAACAGCUGGAAGAUGGUGGUUGCUACCUCUGCUCUGAUAAGAAGCCCCCCAAAACACCCAGUAGGCCAGGUUGGUCACAAUGGAGAAGUCCAUCUACUCAGCAAUCAAGGGAUCUUGAAAGCUGGUGUGAAGCACCAGGAACAUCCUCUUCCUGCAAGGGUCCUAAAGCCCCAAGGAAGAUAAUGCUGGUUAAGAAUGGAGACCCUAGAUUCCAGCAGACUCUGGUUCUCAGCCAUAGAAAUACAAGAAACAUGACAGCCUUUCUCAGCAAAGCCUCAGAUCUUUUGCACUUUCCUGUGAAGCAGGUGUACACGACGAGUGGGAAAAAGGUGGACUCUCUGAAGGGUCUGAUCCACAGUCCCUCAGUGCUAGUAUGUGCCGGCUAUGAGUCUUUCAAACCUCUGGCAAUGGAAGAUUCUAGAAGAUAUGGAAUUGAAACUUUAUCUGGGCAGACUCCAAGAAACAAAACUGGAAGCUGGGGGCCAAAGGCCAAGCAGAGUGUGAUCCACUCAAGGUCCAGGUCGGGCAGCCGGCCACAGCGGUUUUCCUUGCUAUCAGAGAGGUCUGGUCUCAGCGACCCCCCAGUGUCCCUGCAUCAUGCUCAGAUGGACCUCGCUCAUGAUGGACACCCUCAGGACAUACCUGCCCAGCUUGGCCCAUUGGUGGCCAGUGAUGAUGUUGAGAAAAAGAUCCACAUGAACGAAGAUGGCAGCUUGUCUGUAGAGAUGAAAGUCCGCUUCCACCUACUUGGUGAGGACGCACUCUUAUGGUCCAGGAGGGUAGGGAGGGCCAGCGCCCUGACAGCAGCCAGUGAGGAGGUCCCUGUCCUGGGGGAGGUGGGUUCCCUCCGCUGUGUGUGGGAGGACCACCCUGGGGGCUCCUCAGAACCUAAGGCACAGGGACAGGGGCCCUGUGAGGCAGGAUGUGAAGAAGCUUGUGGCCAAAGCCUGUGGCAGCCAGGGUCCAGGUAUGAGAUCUGGAUGAACCCCCUGUACUCCACCCAAGGAGAGGGGAUGGCCUCUCGGAGGAGAUCCAGGCUGACUCAACACUCCCACUCCAGGAGACCCUGUAGCAAAGGGUUCACUAGAAAGAAAAGAAGCAGCAAGGACAGUGACAGUCCUGCCUCCAGCAACAGACCCCCCAAAGACUCCGAGUCAAACCCCUCCUGCUGCUCCAGGUCUCCAGAGGGCAGCGUGGGCAACUGUGACCUACAUUCAGCCUCGGGGGCUGCCUCCCAGAGGGGAGCAGGGUGGGAAAGUGAUGGCCCAUCACGGACUAGGGAGGCCCCAGGUCGGCAGGGAGCAGGGCAUGGCAGCAGGGAACACCACAGCUGCCUGAAGCCCCAGACCCGAGGCACGGUAGGUGCUCUUUCUGACUCCUCAGGGAGUGCUGGUUCUCACGAGGAGUCUAGUGAAAGGAGUGAACAGCACCAGGGCUGCCAGAGCAAGACAAGGGCCAUGACUACCUCCCGAACAAAGGCCUUUCAGGGAGAAGGCCCCAGUCCUCCCACGGUGAGUCCCUUGUCUUUGAGGAAUGAGGACUCCCAGGCAGAAGAGAAUGGACAGGGUACCAGGAGCUCCCAGGCUGAGGGUAGGUCUGGGAUGAGACUGCCCCUGACUCCAGGUCAUUCUGGCUCUGGAGACACUGCAGAAGGAUGUUCUCCACCUUCUGCCUGUGCCUCAGUCCCAGGCAAGAGAAGAAUGAAGGGCAGAGCCAGUGCUCUGUCCUCACCCAGCAUUUCUGGUCUCAGCCGAGGGGCUCAGAUAGGCUGCCCCAGUCAACACCACACCCGAAGGCAUACCCACUGCCCACCUGACUCACCCAUGCCCAGGCAAAUGCCGGGACCUCCCAGCAGAGGCAGGGUUUGCCCAAAUGGCCCAGUGCCACCCCUUUCAGCAAACUCAUCCAGUACCAGGAACCAGGACUCCCAGGAUACAGGGUCGCCCUUCUCUGCCUCUCUUCAUUCCCAGUAUGCACAGGGGGUCAGCAGUGCGCUCAUUACCCCUGUGAGCAAUUCUGACUGCGCUUCCAAUUUCUAUUCCCCAUACCCUCCCUCUGCUGAGGCUGAAGGGUACCCUGAGUUCAGGGCAUGCUCAUCAGCUCCCACACCUUCCAACACAUCAGACUCUUUGAGCAACCAAGCUGAUGGUCUAGACAAAAAGGCAGGGGGCAGCAUUCCCAAACCUUCCUGGCCUUUAGUUCUGCCAGUUGGACAGCCCGACACAGGGAUGCCAGGAGCCCAUCAAGCCUGCAGCUGCUCAUUGAUCAGCACAUGCCUGUUCCACAGGACCCCCAGUUGUAAGUCUCAUGCCCUGCAGACCUCCCAGGCAUUGGGAAGCCUGGGGCCCUUCUCUGAGGUCUCCUUGGCAUGCAGCAGAUACUGUCCCACUCCCCCAAGAACAUGGCCUUUUGUCAAUAAACACCCUUCAUGUAGCAGCAGCCCCAGGGCUGACUGCAGGCCAGGUGGGGGAGAGCUGGGGGAGGGAAUGCUUGAUGCGUGGUGCCCCCGACCCCCUGGCUCUCAGUCAGGGGCUAUGGGGAAAGCAGUCAAAGGCUUGAGAAGGGGCAGUUCCAGCUGUGGCCCCAGGUCUGGGAGAAUAUACCAGGGGAAGAAGGUUACUGGUAGAGGGGAAAGCCUAGAGGGGCAAGAGAAAGAUGGCAGAAUGGUGCUGGGUGCUCUGCCCCAAGCCUCACCAGACACCGUAGUCCAUGAAUGGCUGAGCAACAUUCCAGAGGAGCCCAUACCCAUGAAAUGUGAGAUGGUGGGUGAGAGCACAGAUGUGGCAGGGGAUGACCCAGAAGGCCCCAAGGAGGACCCUGUGGACCGACAUUCCCCAGAAUGUCUAGGGGAGCCAACACAGGUCAGACAACUGUCACAUGAAGGGGCCACCAGCGAGAAAGCAGAACCAGAUGAAGCCUUACCAAUAACUGGUGAUGCUGAUCUCAAGUCAGAAGAGGGUCUUCCUUGUAAUGGAGUUUCAGAAGACCCCAGGGAAGCUGGAGCAAGCAAAGCCAUGGCCGCAGACUGUCAUGUGGGCCAGUGUGUGCUACCUCACAAGGUCUCUGCAUCCAUACAGAUCAUGAAGGUACUGAUGGGCUCCAAGCAGGGCCGGCCCAGCAGCCUGCCUGAAGUGUCCAACACAGCGGGCAGGAGGCUCAGCCACUCUGCCCAGGGCCUUAUCACCUGUCUUGCUGGGCUCCACUUCUUUGAUGAAGAUCUUGGGCCUCCCACUGGCAAAGUGAGGUUUAUAGAUUCUCCUCGGUACCAGGAGCUCCUGAGCACCUUCCAGGCCCUGUGGCCGGGAUGUGACCUCAGGCGAGGUGAGCUGGACUUGGGGCUCUGGGAGCUUGGCUGGUGCCAGGCUCUGCCAGGCCUCAGGUCUGACAUCAUGACUGAGGACUUCACGCCGACAUCCUCAUCUGGUGUGGAUGUCCACAGUGGUUCCGGAGGCUCAGGGGAGGGCAGUGGACCCUGUGCCAUGGAAUGUGCCCUGGUCCCUGAGAAGAUAGCAUUGCCCUUGAAAAUCCCCUCCCAGAGGUCUGAUUCUAGAAACUCGGAGAACCAAGAGGAUCAAGGAAACCAACAGCUGAGUGGUUCCACAGCCUCUUCAAAUUCCCAAGCAUGGACUUGUGCCAGCAGAAAAGAUGAGGCAGAGAGAAACAGCGGGGGGCAGGUUCUGGGACAUAACCUGGACCAAGAGGUUGAAAAUACAGCGCAAGAUGAGGAGGCCCUGCUAGAGAAAGUUGGAGAAGAAAAAGAAAUAGCAGCACUGCAAGGAGAGGGUGUCCAGGGAUUCCCAGAAGAGGAAAGAGUCAUGGGACAAGAACUGUCAGAGGCCAACUCUCAGGAUGCGGAGGGAGCCCAGGAAGUUAAGAGUGGGCAGGAAGAGGAAGCAGGGGGAGACCCUGCCUCCACUCUACUUUGUCCUCCAGGGGAAAGAGAGAAACCCACAGAGCUCCCUAGGAGCCUCAGCGAGAGGGAUCCGAAUACCAGCGGUCCCCAAAUGGAGCCUGGUUUGGAGAAGCUGCCCAAAGCAGCUGAGCCAUGCCAUGUGCAAACCCAGGCCAAGCACACCCAGGGGCCUGGGGAGAGGAGCUCUUCUCGGGCCCACAGAGUGCCUCUGGACCCUGAUGUCCUCUGGGUGUCCAGGUUGCUGAGGAAGAUGGAGAAGGCCUUCAUGGCUCACCUUGCCAGCGCCACAGCUGAGCUCCGAGCCCGCUGGAGUCUGCAGAACGACCGCCUGCUGGACCAGAUGGUAGCAGAGCUGCAGCAGGACCUGGACUGGCGGCUCCGAGAGAGCACUGAGAAUGAGCUUCGGAAGAUCCAGAACCGGGCAGGGGGGAAGACACCGGCCCGGGAAGCCCUCCGGUGGGAGCUGUCUCUGCAGACAGAGCAGCGCAGACGUCGCCUCCAGGGCUUGCGGCACCUCUCGGCCUUCUCUGGGCAGGCUAGAAGCCAGGGGCCCAGCUCCUUCCCCAUGGAGGAGGAUGCGUCCACCCUCAGUGGAACCCUGGGCACCUGGCUGGUUGGGGAGGCUGAGGGUGAAGAGUUUUGUCCCUGUGAGGCCUGCAUGAGGAAGAAAGUGACCCCCAUGUCCCCAAAGGACACAACAGGGGCACCCAGAGCACCCAUCGAAAAGGCCUUCGACCUGCAGCAUAUUCUGCAGAAGAAAAGAGGGUGUGCUAGUGGGGAGGCUGCAAAGACAUCCCUUAAGGAGGGAGGGAUGGAGCCACUUCAGGUGGACCCCUUGGGGACAGGGACCAUCCAGGAGUCCAAAGGAGGCCUGGAGCUGGGGUUAGGCCAGGACCCCGGGCCAGAGGAGCAGGAUGAGGGUGAGAGCAGCCAGACCCUUGGCAAAGAUGGAGACCACCAAGGGGAAGAGGAGGAGGCAACUGCUCAGAAGAGAGAAGGGAUCACAGGUGCUGAUCGAGGCAGUAUCCCAGAGGGAGCAGGUACAAGAUUCCUCAGCUGCCACACUCUGCUUACCAACUGUGUGAUCUGGGGCAAGUUACCAGUGUCUCUGAACCUCAGUUUACCCAUCUAUCGAAACGGUCUCGGUACCCAGCUGUUUGUGAGAGUAAGCGUUUGUGAGAAAGCUGUGACACGAGUAAUUGGUGUCACCUCUGUUGAUUGCAUGCCAAGUGAUGACAAAAGAGUCUGUAACAAGGAGAUCCAGUGGCUGCUCUUGAUUGUGUGGGUGAGGGAAUUGCAGGGAACUGACCUGGUGUAA